AUAGAGAACGUUACCUCUAGCAAUAAGUAUGACGUCACCGUUGUCACGGCGUAUUUCGAUCUUGGAACAUUUAGGAAAGGAUUUGCUGGCAAUUUCACUACUGAGACCUACCUCAAUUGGUGCAAAGUACUCAGAUAUUUGCUUAACCCGUUAAUAGUAUACACCGAUUCACAGAAGUUUUAUAAUAUAAUGAAGAACAUCAGAAAUGAAACAGUCACCACAACACGGAUUCAUCUCAUCAAAAGAAACUCGUCUUGGGCUUUUCAGCUGCGAAGCAAUAUAUCUAAAGUAUUUUCCCAAAACGGAUAUCCUAAACACUAUCCUAAUACAGUUAUACCCGAAUACGCAUGCGCACAGCUCGCAAAAUAUGAUGUCAUAUCCCGUGCUUCUCGCGACGACGUGUUCAAAACAAAUUAUGUUAUGUGGUUGGACGUUGGGUACUUUAGAAAAAGAAAGUCAACCAACUUCUUUUCCCUAAGAAGGCCGAACGGCUACAACGAAAGUCGUGUAGCUAUGAAUGUCAUCCAAGCGAAUGCAAACAUGGCCAUGCCAGUGACAGCUAUAUUCCGUAACAAUAUAGUUUGGGUCGGCGGUGGUCUGGUGUUUGCUAAUAGGGAUAUCAUUCCUCGAUACGAAACUCAGCUGAAAAAGGCCGUGGAUUAUUUCCUAAGCAGGCGUCUGAUGAAUACCGACCAGCAGGUAGUGUACGCGCUGUUUAGUGAUGAGGGGCGGCGCGGGAUCCGCCCUCACAUUGAACUCCAGUUGUACAACCCUCCUGUGGACAACAACUGGUUCUACCUUGGAAAUAUCAUGCUCAAAGAAGACCUUCCAUUUAUUUCAAAUUCCCCCAACAAUAGAACAAAACAACGGAUAUAAGUAUACCUAAUCAUGACAGUUGUCUGUGUUACAUAUACAUAAUUAACACAUAUACGAACAUUACAAGUAUACAAUAUAGUGGGCGACCUUCAGAAAAUUGUAUAACUAACAUAUAAAGUUUGAACUGAAAUACUAAUAGUACCAUUGCUUAUCACCAGACUAUAGUACGGUAUCAUAGUAAGGCAAUUAAUAAUAUAUCUUAAAGGUCCUCUCUUACAGAUCGACAGUAUUGACUUUUAAUUUUUCGUCUCAGAAUCAGCUGAUCUUUGUAUCAAUGUAUCCCAUUCAGUCAUAUAAGAUUACUCACUGAACAAUAGAUCUCAAUUGUUUGGAUAACUGCAAGAAAACUCUGAGAGCGUUAGUAACGCUUUUAGUCAUUACACAUCGAUCUUAAAACGUAAAUGUCAAAAACUGCGAUCUGAUCUUUUGUCAGCAGUCUUAUAUUACUGGUUUCCAAAUAUUAAUGCAAAAAUUGGUUCAUUCCAAGACAAAAAUAAAAAAGUGGCUAAAACCGUCAAUCUUUGAGAGUUCAUCGUUAACUAUCACCAUACAAUACAAACCUGAUGGUGAAGCACCUCCAAUGUCUAGGUUUUUUUCUUCUUUUGUAGAACGAUUUACUAACGCGAUAUCAAUUUGGGUUUCGGCAAAGUCAAAGAACAGAUGAUUGCAUUUUUGUUUAAAAUCAAUUAUAAACAAAGUAAUACAACACCAACGACGAAAGCUUUAUUGCGCAUUUGUAGACUUAAAAAGGCGUUUGAUCUAGUUUACAGAAAAGACAUAUGGUUUAAGCUUCACACCAAUAAUUUAUCCCCAAAAUUUGUUAAAAUGUUACAUCUAUG